UUGGAGGGUGACCACAUGCCAGUUAAGAAGUUUAUGUAUUUAUUUUUACAAAAGAGAUGUUAAAAAAUGGCUUCUUCCACAAUAACAUAUAAUUCAAUUUACAAUGGAAAAAUCUGGACAGUUGGAUUAAAUAUCAUUUUCACAAUUUUUAUGAAACUGAUGACAGAAACAGGAAUGUAACAGGGAUAACAGGACACAUUCUUCAGCACACUACACUUAUUUCACAAGUUUUUUCAUUUUAAAUUGCAUUAUAUGGUUUUGCACUUAUUAUUCUAAACAGUCAGUUUUUUAGUUUAAGUCAGUUCAUUGUUGAUUUAGCAUCACAUUUCUAAGAAAUCUAAUGUCUCAACGGUAUUGUCAUUCGAUAAUGUGUUCCAUCUGUUUGAAUAUAUCACUAGGUGCCUUUCACACAGAAUGCACUUAUGUGUUGACAGAUGCAAUUUAACUGAUUAAUCGUUGUGAUUGUGACACACUCUGCUGCCAAAGGUGUGAUGAAGCUGUGAUUAAAUGUUUUCUUUAGUCCCAUGCCCUGCCCAAACACCACUGAAAACCAGAUAUACCAACUUUCACUAAACGUGUGUAGGAGAAAUGAUAUCAUAAGUAAUCAUGCUCACAUGUGGUUGCUAUAGUGGCUUUAGGAGUGACUUGUGUUCGGUCUUCAUGUGUUUGUUCGUAUCAUUAACACACAUGAUGCUGAAUCUCUCUAUAACUUCAUCUAUUGAUGUUGCUGCUCUACUAUGAAAAUGAAUGAUUCAUACAUUCAGUUUUCUGUUUAGUAUUUGUGAUUUUGUCUUACUGCCACCCUUGCCUUCUCAGAGAAAGGUGUGUAGGAAGGUAGACUGACCAGGUUAAUCUGUGUGUCAUCUUCAUUCACAUUCACCCUUGGAUAACAUGCAUUAAAUAUCUGAGUGCUAAACGUCCUGUUAAACUAGUCUUGUUAAACCAGUUCGCAUGCAAUCUUCGCAGCUGGAAGCCCUACCCAUACAUAUAAUACUAAAAGCUAGAAACUUCAGUUCAGAGUGAGUCUCACUGAUCACCGCUCAGUCACUCACAUGAGUCUACAGAUAUCUUUAGAGUGGAGACGGACAUAAACAGGACUGACACUACUACAAACAGAUAAGGACCGCAAACAAUAUGCCUGUAGAAACAUUAUCAAUCAGAAACCGCUCUGCCAUUGGCCGCUUUCCAACUGGCACUCUUACGCUGGAGGAUCCAGACAAGCUGAAGUCACAGAAGCCAGACACGAAGUGGACAUGUAGCACAUGGUUUCGACAGUGCUGCCAGCGCUGCUGCUGCCGCAGAAAUCCCACAGAUCCCUUACCUAUCUCUCUAUCAGAUACUCUCCUGGAGGUUCGUUCUAUAGACCUGCUCAAAUCGAAAAAAGAACAGAACCGUCUGGAGCAUCAUACGGAUCGCUAUCUCAGUGAGCACCUCGUCAUCCGCAGAGGCCAGACCUUCCAGAUGUGGAUUGAGCUCUCACGGGCUUUCAACUCAGAGACAGAUAAACUUCAGUUAGAUCUGAAACUAGGUAAUCUCCCAGAUGUAUCCAAAGGCACACAUGUGAUCGUUCCUCUGGUUAAGGACCUGCAGGAUGGCUGCUGGGAAGCCAAGAUAGUUGAACAGAAAGGCAGCAAAAUAAAACUCUCUGUCAACUCUCCACCAACUGCUGCUAUUGGCAAAUACAAGCUCUGUGUUGCAACAUCUUCCCCAACGGGGGAGGCCGUGUCCCCAUGCAGUCCCGACAACGACAUCUACUUGCUGUUCAACCCCUGGUGCGAAGACGACUCUGUGUACAUGGAUAAUGAGGAGGAGAGGAAAGAGUAUGUUUUAAAUGACAUGGGUCUAAUCUAUUAUGGAACGGACAGCCAGAUUGGAGACAGGCCGUGGAAUUUUGGCCAGUUUGAUAAGGACAUUCUUCCCGCCUGUCUGUUUUUGCUGGAGCGCAGUGGAGCCCCAGCUUCAGGAUGUGGAGAUCCUAUCAAUGUGGUCAGGCUUUUGUCUGCGAUGAUUAACUCCCCUGAUGACGGCGGUGUGUUGGUAGGCAACUGGUCGGGUACGUACGAUAAUGGCACGGCUCCCACAUUCUGGAGCGGUAGCAGUGACAUUCUGAGAAAGUACUAUGAAAGUGGAGGAACACCGGUUAGAUACGGACAGUGCUGGGUCUUCUCUGGGGUCACCACCUCAGUGAUGAGGUGUUUAGGGAUUCCGACCCGGAGCGUUACAAAUUUCGAGUCUGCUCAUGACUCAGAUGUCUCCUUGACAACAGACGUGUAUUUAGAUGAGAACUUCCAGCCAAUUGAGGAAUUCAAUCAAGAUUCUGUCUGGAACUUCCAUGUGUGGAAUGACUGCUGGAUGGCCCGUCCAGACCUACCCGCGGGUAUGGGGGGGUGGCAAGUAGUAGAUGCCACCCCUCAGGAGACCAGUCAGGGGGUUUUCCGCUGUGGUCCCGCUUCUGUCGCUGCUGUCCGGAACGGACAGGUUUACCUCAAGCAUGACACACCAUUCGUAUUUGCAGAGGUGAACAGUGAUAAAGUGUACUGGCAGCGAACUGCUGAUGGCACCUUUACUCCUGUCCAAGUCAGUAAGAAAGCAAUAGGUCACUGCAUCAGCACUAAAGCUGUUGGCUCUGAUGAACGUGAGGACAUCACACACCUCUACAAACAUCCAGAAGAUUCAGAGGAAGAGCGCAUAGCUGUGGAGACUGCCUGUCAGUAUGGCUCUAAAGCAGCCAUCUACAACAUCUCCAGUGCUAACGAUGUCACCAUCCAGAUCUCCAUGGAUGAAGAACCUCAGCUUGGUGCAGAUGCUAAACUGCUCAUCACUGUGAAGAACACAAGCUCAGAACUGCGUACUUUCUCCCUCCAAGGCCAGGUUAUCGUUAUGUACUAUACUGGGGUGUAUAAAGCUACAGUGAAGAAAGACCAGGUUCCUGUCGAACUCCAGCCCAAUGAAGUUGAGACUGUGGAGUGGUGUCUGCUCUAUGAUCACUAUAAAGACCAGCUGGUGGACCAGGCCAUGCUGAUGCUCACAAUCACUGGACGCGUCACUGAGACCAAACAGGUUCUGGCCACCCAGUUUCGGUUCAGACUGCGCACACCAGACCUAGUCAUCAAACCUGAAGGGGACGCUGUAGUUGGCAAAGAAAUGAAGGCUACGGUUGUUUUCCGGAAUCCACUUAAGCGCACACUGAAGAAUGUGAAGUUUCGCUUUGAAGGACUGGGACUGCAGAGUGUCAGGGAGGUUUCCUACGGAAAUAUAGAAAGUUUGGCUGCAGUGACACUGACCGAGAAGUUUAUUCCUUUGGAGGCCGGCCCACAGAAACUUCUAGCAUCACUCGACUGUCGUCAGCUGUCUCAGGUGCAUGGAGUCGCCAACAUUACUGUCAAAGCACCGUGAGACAUCUCUUCACUGCACUGGACCUUCAGUGCCGCUGCAGUUCAUUAAGAAAAUCUCAAUUGAGGACAUUCUGUUCUUAUCCAUGUCUGAAGGGUUGUUUUUAAUCUAGCAAACAGCUUGAGAAUAUCUUUUGGCACGCAUUCUCAAAUGCACCUGCAUUUUUGCACUGUGUAGUACAAUAACCACUUGUGCACAUUUUACAUAGGUUAAUUUAAUUUUAUUAAAUAGGUUAAAUAAAUAUUUUAUUUAUUUAUUUUUGUUACAUGAACCAAAAUGUCUGUAUGAACUUUUGUUGCUUUAAAAGGUUGCUUUUUAGGUUGAAUUUAUUCAUCGUUUUAUUUUGUAUUUUUCUCUUGGAAUACAAUUUUCCAGAUAUUUCUGAUGAUUCAUAAAUAUUUAAGUCAUUACAACCACGCUGUUUGUGUUUUUAGUAAGUAAUCUGGCAAAGAGCCAAAGGAUUAUAUUGCAUCUUAAACAUUCAAAAGCAUUUCUAAAUCAUAUGAAGUCUGGACUCGGGCGAUAUGUUUUGUCAACCAUAUCUGAUUUGUAUAUUACCAUGUUUCUGAUCAGUAUAGCUGCAUUUUUGUCAUACUGUACUACAAUAAGUACAGUUUUUACAUUACAGUAAGGGCUAGGUGUAAAUGCACAGGUGUAAAACACAAUCUAAUAGGUAGAAAAUUACAUUUAUUGUUCGUUUCCGGUUUUAGAUGUAUCUCAUCUAGUUACAACCACAGUAUGGAUUUUGUUUCAUUGAAAUAGAACAGCUUGUGAAGAUGUGACAGGUACAAGAAAAAAGCAUGCACAAUCGUACACAAGAGACAGAGAUAUUGGGGGAAAUGAAGAAAAGGAAAACACUUUACAGCUUUUUAUGUGAUGGCCAUGGUUUCAGAAAUUGCUGUGGCCUGGAUGAGUUUUGCUUAGGGCUCCAGACGUCUGAGAGGAAUAUAAGCCCGCACCCAAACAGGACGAGCAGCAUUACUGAAUGACAGUCGAAACAGACACCAGUUCCACAGUAAUGGUUCCUUAUUUUUUCACCUAGAUUUGUCACCAGAUCACAAAAAAAUGAAGGCGCAUUUAAGAUUCAUUGGAGUGUUUUGUAUAUUUUUAGAAGACUAAAUUCAGAAUGUGCUAUUUACCAUCAAGCGUUUCUCGUUUGAUCCCUCGCCAUCAUCUCUUUCUCUCUCUGAAACCCGCCCUGCCCUAAAGUCAAUGUUACAGAUGAGUAUGGCAUAUAUUAAAUGGAUCUUGAAGCUGCUGACCGUUGUUUUAAUAUUGAAUUGCAUGGUUUUGUUCUACUAUGGGGAGGGUAACAUUGAUUUGAUCAUAUUUUUUAUGAAGAAAUUGUACUAUUUAUAUAAACUUAUGUAUAUUGCAUUAUAAGACUAAUUACAUGAGAUGUUUAUACUCUAUGACUGCAAUGAAUAAAGAAAAUGCUAAUAUAUAUGUAUAUAAACCAGUCGUAAGGGUGCAUUGCUUUUUAUUUCGAUUUUUUCCAUUACCAUCAUGUUUCUUACAUUAUCACUGAGAUGAGCAACUACUAAUGUGGUGAAAAAUGAUUGCAUACAAGUAUUAUGUGAAGCCUACUUGUAAUUGUUCUAAUGUUGAUGAUUAUUUUAAGUGAGGUAGUAACUAAAACUACACACUAUAAUACAUGCUCUCCAUUUUUUUAAAAAUAUAGAGAUGAAUUUAUAUAUUUUGCUGGAAAAUUACACUGAAUUGUAGCUAAUACUCGAUGUAAACCCACUCUUUUAUUUCUGUUUUUGUUUAUUAUCUGUAUGUGUGAGAUGUUUUUCUUCUUCUAUAUGCAGACUAUCUAACUGCAUCACAUGAAUAUUGUACAUAGCAUUAGUCAUGAUCUUUGUCAUUGAGUAUGUUUAUUGUACUCACAUGUUUAGGUUACACAUUACAUAAUUACACAUACAUUGUUUGAAAUGAAGAUUCACUCAUAUUCAUACAGACUUUGUAAUCAGCUCACAAAUGCUUUGCUUUAAUAAGCUCCA